AUGGCAACAAAGAUUCUCGUUAUUGUUCUCAUUAUCACCAGUUUUGUUGCUUACCCUACAAGCGCGAGGAGCCUAUUAAUGACAAUGAAGGCAAAAGCAGCAGCUGAUGAGCAGAAGGAAUAUUUUCGACACCCUUUACCACCUUUUUUUGGCGGUUUUGGUGGUAUGAGAGGUGGAAUUAGGCCUCCAUUUGGUUUAGGAGCAGGUAUUGGUGGACUUGGUGGUGGUAUUGGAGGUGCAUUUGGAAGUGGUUUUGGCCCUUUUAUUGGAGGUGGUGGAACAAGUAGUGUUGCAGGUGGAGCUGGAACUGGAACAGGAUUUGGUUCUAGUAUUAAUGAAGGAUUUGGUGACAAUGGUGGCAAUAAUCCUAAUAAUGAAAAUGGUGCAGUUGGUGCAGGUGACCUAGUUGAAGGAGGUGAUGCAGCAAUUGGACAUGACCUGCCUUGA